GGUGAUAACGAGUAAUGACGCCAGUCUAGUUCGCUCUGGCAGUUUCAACCAAGUGAAAACAACUGAAAGUGGCGUAAAUUGGACUGAAAGAAAACACACACAGCUUGCUAAAAGCAUAUGUCGCUAGAUAGCAAGCGAAAUAUUACUCUUGUUCGUUUAGGAGGCUAUAAUGAAAUGUUCAUUUGACUAACGUUAGACUGUAACAACAGUAGCUAUAGUAUAGUUACAGUCAACAUCUGUGAAUUUUAGCUUGCUAGCUAGCUUGCUAACGUCACCUGCCUACUGUACUUACUUACUAGCUAGCUAAGCUACACCACCUUGAGGAUGAAAAAGAGGGUUGAGAAAGUCGUGAAAGAGAAGGCAGCUGGUAACGUUGAGGAUGAGUUUUCGAAAACUGCUGGACUAAAUAUACAGGAGAAAUGUCCAGUUCAGAGGAUAGGUAAGAUUUGAACCAGUAACAUUAUCUGGGCAGAGGAAGAGAAGAUAAAUAUCACGAGUAGGCAUAUUCAUCCUCCUCUGCCCAGAUAUACCUCAGUUGCCCAGAUACUGGUUCAGAUGAUUAUCAGUGUUCUGGCAGCCUGGAGAUGGACUUCCCUGAGUUGUGUUCUCUUCUGGGCAUGAAGGAGAUCCCUGCUGUAACCCCACGAGCCCCAGCCUCUGUCACUCCUACCACAGAGAGAGGCAACAUGGAGGAGAGCCAGUCCCAGAUGGGUGCUGGUAUAGCGACCACAACGUGGUGCCCUAAACCACGCCUCCAAGUGGAGCUGGAGAGCGAGGACCCUCGCAGUAUUAAGGAGGUCAGGGUGUGUGGGUGGAAGGUAGAUGAGCUGAUGGCUCGAGUGCUUAACAAGACACUUCCAGCCCUAAGCAACCUACAGAAUCUGCAUCUGUGGUGUGCUGGUCUGACGGGGCGAACUCUGACCUCCCUGAAGAAUACAAUAUCUCUCUGCUCAAACCUAAGGACUGUGGUUUUGGAGGGAAACCCACUACCAGAGCAGAGUUAUCACCUCCUUAUAUCUGAAGACAGUAUGCUUACUCAUGUAUCACUGCGUAAUAACCGGAUUGGCGAGGAGGGAGCUCGCCUGAUUGGCUCAGCCCUCGCUACAGCCCAGACUGCCAACAAUAAUCUUCUGUCACUCAAUCUGGCCUUCAAUUCCAUUGGUGAUGCGGGUGCUGCUCAUAUAGCACAGGGUUUGCGUCUGAAUCGCUCUUUGCUGUGUCUCUCUCUGGCCAAUAAUCAUAUUGGAGACACAGGAGCCUCUCGUCUGGCAGAGGUGCUGGGUCCCUUUUCUCUGACCCAUGAUGAGGUUGUUGAGAGGAGGAGGCUGCUGCUCAGAAGAGACCAGUCGCCCUCUCAUGCUGACUCCAAGUGUGAACGACCUCUCUCCAUCCCCAGCAGCUCCUCACUGGAGCGCAACGUCAGCAAAGGAGCCAAGGUUGCCUCCAAGAAAAAAGACACAGCCAAAAAGGAUGAGAAGCCAGCAGCAAACCAGACAGGAGGGGUAGCAGGAAAGAAAGAGGAACCAAAGUUGGCCAGAAAAGCCUCUGACACCAAGUUGCCCCGGGGUAAGGGGGGAAAGUCAGGGGGUAAAGAGAAGCGCCCAUCUGUGUUGGAUCAAGAGGAGAAGGCCAAUGCUACACAGAAUAAGUCAGCAGAGUUGGUUGAGACAGUGAGCCCCCUGCUGGAGCCGGGAGUGCAACACACUGGAGGCCGAGUAAUUCUGCCUGGGAACACAGCCCUCACCUCCCUCAACCUAGCAGGCAACAGGCUUUCAGAGCAGUCGCUGCUCCUCUUCCUGUCCUCAGUGGGGGCGCAGACUGAAGGGGGAGGUCUGCUUCGUCUCUGUCUCAAUAGAAACCGCUUCCCUCCAGACUGUGAUUCCUUCCUCAAGAUAAAAGAACUGAUGUCACUCAGGGAUCCUCUCAACAAAACGGCCUCUGCUCAAGUAGAUGACGAACAGGGGCAGGCAGCAUAAACUAUAGAUAGCAGAGUGAAAAUCUUAACUCCCCUACCCAUUUUGUUAUCGUGGGUACCAGAACCAAUUUGUGCUAUCAUUCCACACCUUGCCACUCCUUGUUUGGCAUAUGACAAUAACUGGCAUGAUAGCAGGUCUGGUACCCAGGCUACCAAUUUGUUUCUCAAUUUGAAUUACAAAUUGAUGUUUUUCCUGCUAGUGCCCCAUUUAUAUUUCCACGUGUCACUUGUCUACUCUAGUCCAAUCAAUAAACAAAAACAAUGACAUGAAAUACUACACACCUCCACAACUGUUCACUUCAUAAGAGGUGAAAUCUUUAACUCUGAAAAUAAACAGUUGUAGGAAUCA